GUCUGCUCCUGUCUGCUCUCGCUCAGACUAUAGUACGCCAUGUUAAGUUUCAACGUUUCAACCAUGUGCAUGAGUCUCGUACGACAUUUAUCGCUCGCUGCUCGAGACGCGAUUGAAAAUCUCCCAAUGGACUUUACUUUACAAGUGACACAACACCAGCAAGUUCUCGAGGCCUUCUCGCAACUCGAUGUUCUUUCCCAAGGAUCACAACAUCCGAAAUUGUUCCAGCUCAGACGCCUCAUAUCAUUACUUUCUGCAAGACAAGUUUUACUUCGAGCUGCGACAGCCUCUGGAAAGACCCUCGCAAUGAUUCUGCCUCAAGGUCUGGGUACGGAGGAGAUAGAGGCACUAGCGAAAUGGUUGUCCCUACUACGACUAGAUAUAAAUGUAUAAUUGUUGAGCUCUGUCGUAGUGCUAUACCUGUAAGCCUAUUCCAGUGGAAACAUAUGUAGCCGCCUGUGAAAGCAGUAAA